AUGACCAACCAAGUGGACAUUAAUAUUCUGGACAGAAGCCAACUGAGCCUUGAGCGACUGCCAAAGCCUUGCUGCUCCAAUCGAUGCAAUUGGCUGAGACAUCACCUGCUUUUGCUGUUAACAGUUCUUGGAGUCCUUUUUGGAGCAUUAUUUGGCUGCCUGUUACGGCUGAUACCAGGGCUAAAUUCUGACAUUGUGAUGCUAAUAUCAUUCCCAGGUGAUAUCCUUAUGCGGAUGCUGAAGAUGCUUAUCUUACCACUCAUUAUAUCAAGUCUAAUUUCAGGUCUAGCUGGUCUUGAUGCCAAGUCCAGUGGAAGGAUGGGCACUCGAGCUAUGGUCUAUUACAUGUCCACAACAAUAUCAGCAGCAGUUCUGGGUGUGAUCCUUGUACUCUCCAUACAUCCAGGAAAUCCCAAGCUGAAGAAACAGGUCAGCAUAGCUGAAAAGAAUGAAGAUGUGUCCAGUAUGGAUGCCUUUCUUGACCUCAUCCGAAAUCUCUUCCCUGAGAACCUCGUACAAGCUUGCUUUCAACAGGUACAAACUGUCUCAGUAAAGGUGCCUGCCACACCUGUGGGAGAAAUAAAAACAGAAAACAUUAGCCAGCUACUGGCAGCCAACUUUUCUGUAGCAAACUUCAGUGAUGAAAAAAACAAGGAAGUCAUAAUGGCCACCAAGAAAAAAUUGGAGUUUAAAGGAGGCAUGAAUGUCCUUGGGCUUAUCGGAUUCUUCAUUGCCUUUGGCAUUGCUAUGGGAAAACUUGGUGAGCAAGCAAAAAUUAUGGCUGACUUCUUCAACAUACUGAAUGAAAUCAUCAUGAAGCUGGUCACCAUGAUCAUGUGGUACUCUCCUUUGGGUAUUGCCUCAUUGAUUUGUGGAAAAAUUGCUGGUAUUGGAGAUCUGGAAAUGGUUGCUAAGCAACUGGGAAUGUACAUGGUGACUGUAAUGAUUGGUCUGGCUGUUCAUGGACUUAUCGUUUUGCCAUCCAUUUUUUUCAUUGUGACAAGGCAAAAUCCAUUCAUGUUCUAUGCAGGAAUAUUCCAGGCCUGGAUCACGGCCUUAGGAACUGCAUCAAGUGCAGGCACUCUCCCAGUAACAUUCCGCUGCUUAGAAGAGAAUCUGAAGAUUGAUAAGAGGGUAACAAGGUUUGUACUCCCGAUCGGGGCCACCAUCAACAUGGAUGGGACUGCACUUUAUGAAGCUGUGGCCGCCAUUUUUAUUGCACAGAUGAAUGGGGUGAAACUGGAUGCAGGACAGAUUGCAACUGUAAGCUUAACAGCCACAUUAGCCAGUGUUGGAGCCGCGAGCAUUCCGAGUGCUGGUCUUGUAACGAUGCUUCUUAUUCUGACUGCUGUGGGACUACCAACUCAGGAUAUCAGCCUUCUUAUAGCAGUCGACUGGCUUCUGGACAGAAUGAGAACUUCUAUAAAUGUUGUGGGAGAUUCAUUCGGGGCCGGAAUCGUAUACCACCUUUCAAAAGCAGAGCUUGCUGCGUUUGAUGCACUACAUAGUAACAAAACUGACCUGGAGAUGGUAAAAAUUCACCUGGACCAUGAAGGCAUAAAGAACCAUAUAACCGAUAGUCUGAAUGUCCUUCCCUUUUCAGGUUACUCCUCAGUUCCUACAGAUGACUAUGAGGAAAUGGUAAUAUUGUGCAGAUGGACACAUUAA